AUGUCCCACAGACGUCAUCGGGAUGACUUCACACGAGGAAAGAUCAUCGGGAAACUGGAAGAAGGUCGAACCAUGACCAGUGUGACUCAAGAGCUCGGUAUCGCUCACAGCGUUGUUUCACGUGCAUGGAGAGCAUUCCAAACCACUGGUACUGCUGCUCGAAGGAGAGGAGGUGGCCGACCAAGAUCAACUACCCCAAGGGGCGACCGCUUUAUUGUGCAGCAGGCAAGAAGAGACCCACGUCAACCAGCUUCGGUGAUUGCAAUGACGUUUAACAGGACUGCAAGACGGGCCAUCUCAGGCACCACAGUGGCACGUCGACUGCACGGUGGCGGUCUGUUCGCCCGACGACCGCUACGAGGGUUCCUUUGA